AUGCUAAACUCGGUGAACAGAAAGGUUUUUCUGCUGUACCCGAACCUGAUCGGCUACGCGCGCGCCGCGCUGCUGCUGCUCAGCGUGUUCGCGUUCCACGUCGGGCUGCUGCGCUUUGCAGUUGGCAGCUACGCGGUGUCGCAGCUGCUGGACGCGGUCGACGGCGAAGUCGCGCGGCGGCUCGGGCAGUGCAGCGAGUUCGGCGCCGCGCUGGACAUGAUCAUCGACCGCGUCUCGACAAUCGCUCUCUACUUCGCGAUCGCGGCAAAGUCUGCGCGCGCCGGGCUGCUGAUCUUUUUGCUGUUGCUCGGUGACGUCGGCGGGCACUGGCUCUUCAUGUACACGGAGCUGAAGCUCGGCGAGAGCCACCACAAGAACAGCGCUCAUUUGCCGCCCGGCCUGAAGCAUCCAACAUCGGAAGCAAUGCAUCAGAAGUUGAUGAUUGGAGGAAAUCCGUGA